CUGAAAGCAGCCUAUAUUCUUUUAAUUUUUACCCGAGGUCCAUUUGAAGAUGAAUGCCCAGCAAGGGUUUCCGCAACUGAGCUUUAUCCCAGCCACCGAUGCGCCCAACUACGCGCAGACGUUUUACAGCAGCGUGCAGCCCGGGGCUACCAGAAUCUCAGGCCAGACGGCUCGCACAAUCCUGGAGCAGUCAAAGCUGUCGACUCUGGAUCUGGGCAAGAUUUGGGAACUGUCAGACCCGCACCACGCCGGGUCGCUGUCGCUGCCAGAAUUCAUGCUGGCCUUGUUCUUGACACAGUGCCGCAUCAACGGCAAGACCGUUCCGCCUGCGCUGCCAUCCAAGAUUUCAGCUGAGAUCGAGGCUGCCAACAACGCUGCUGCCUCGGGAGGCUUUGCCCAGGCCAGUAUGCCCGUCCCGGCUCCUGGAUACCAGGCACAGCAACAGCCUCCAGUGCAGCCCCAGAUUCAGUCGCAGAUGCCUGCCCCCGGCUACCAGCAGCCACAGGCAAUGAAUGUUGCUAUGCCCACGCCCUCAUUCUACAGUGGCGGGCAGCAGGCACCAACGCUGGUUGCGCCCGCUGUUACAGUCCCUGCAGAUAUCUCACCUGUGCAAGACUUUGAGUCACGAUUCCCCGAUAUUGUCCCUAUGGGCGGCGUGGCCGCGUCACUGAGCAGCGCCAAGCAGUCGUUCCAGCAGAAUUUACUCAGCGGACGCAUCGGCGAGAGCGAGCACAAGUGGGCGAUCUCGACUUCAGAGAAGGCGCAGUACGAGGCUAUUUUCCGGCGCUGGGACCCAGGCCACCGCGGUGUGCUGAAGGGCGAGCAGGCACGCGAGGUGUUUGCGCAAUCUGGGCUUCCACAGCACGAGCUGGCAAAAGUCUGGAGUCUUGCCGACAUCAACAACCAGGGCGAGCUCAACCUGGACGAAUUCAGCGUUGCCAUGCACUUGAUCUUCCGCCGCAUCGCCGGAGAUCGCCUGCCGCAGGAACUACCGCAGGAACUGGUGCCGCGCAGCAGCAAGGACUUUAUGGACUCGCUGGUCAACAUGAAAGAGCAGCUGAUGUUCAAGGACUUUAAAAAGACACCCGUCAGGGUCACCACGCCCGUGCGCGCCUCCUCGGUUCCCGUUGAAGAAGACGAUGCCAGCUAUUCGGCAUACAAGAGCGCGAACCGCCGCCGCAACCAGGCUGGAUCGAGCCGUCACGGCACGUCGUCGGCGGAACCCACACCUGAGGCCACAGUGCCCGUCACUGCCGAGUCGGUCGAGCAGCUGCGUAAGAGCGUGCGCCAGCGCAAAGACGAGAUUGCGUCUCUCAAGGCCGGCAUCGAGUCAAGGCAGCAGUCUCGCACCGAGUCUCGCAUCUCCGCCCGCUGGCGCAUCGACGAGCUCAAGCGCGAGAUCGAGGACCUCCAUCGCACAAUCCAGACACACAAGCAGCUGGCCCGCCGUGCCAAGCUCGCUCGCGGCAUCGAUGAGCUGACAAAGGACCUACCAUCUCUGAUUACAGAGUACGAACGCCUGGCCACUGAGCUUGCCGAAACCAAGCGCGAUGUUGUGCGCAAGCGCGAUGCCAAGGAGAACCCCAGUCCUGGGGUUAACACCAGCGGGAUGUCGGAGAUGGAGGCGAGGGCUGCCCGGCUCGUCGCCCAGCGCAUGGCCGCGCUGACUGGUCAGGCACUCGACGAGGAUGGCAAGUCGAACGAGCGCAUCAAGCACGAGAUUGAGCGCGUCGAUAAGCAGCACCACGAGCAGCUGUACCGCGCAAAGGCUGUGCAGAAUGGCAUGGAAGAUGUCAAGCGAGAGAUUAACAAGUUUGAUCUCAGUGCCGCUUCGGCUGCCGAUACUAGCAAGUGGCAGGAGGGUGUUGGGCUCAAGAGCGAGGAAGUCAAGGAGUUGAUCGACCGCCUCAAGCGCAUCGAGAAGAUCACCAAGCCAAAGUUCACUCCGUCACCCGACAGUGUCUCGACGCUGCGCACCUCGGCGUUCUCUCCUGUCACCAGCCAGGGCAUGGGGGCUACUCAGCAGUCGUCAUCAGGUCCCAGCAUUGCUGAGCGCCUGGCACAGGCAAAGACUAAGCAGGAGCGGGACCAGCUGCUCAAGGACAUGGCGGAAGAGCGGUUCCGCGAACGCCAGCGUGCUCUGGGUCUCCCAGUGGACCCGGAGCCUGAAGCGAAGAAGCCAGAGCCGGCACAGCAAAACAGCAACCCGUUUGCUGCCGCCACUGCCAGCCAACAGCCAGUCGAGCCUACCCAAUCUACUGCUCCGUACAGCGGGCCAAAUUUUACCAACUCGCUCGAACUCGACAACUACAGCGACACUAGCUCAGAGGAGUGGGACAACGACUCGGAUGACGAGCCCGAAAAGCAUGCUACUGCUGCUGCUGUCGCUCCCGAAGCCUCCGCCAGCCCCACUGAACCAGCCGCCCAAGUACCUGAUCCAAACAACCCCUUCCAUGGUCUUAUCGCCGCCGCCUCUGCCGACGACAGUAAGACGCCUGCCGCAGCCAAAGAAGAGAGGCUCGACCACGACAACUACCAGCAGCUGCGUCUGCGUGCCCUCUAUCCGUACCAUCCUGACGGCGCCGACGAACUGCCCAUUGAGACUGGCGAUCUGGUUGAGACUAAGCCCGUGCCGCUCGGCCGCCCAUCGACGCUCGACCAUUCAGACGAAGGCUGGAUGUACGGUGUUAUUUUGAAGGAGGCAGAGAGCGAUUCCGGCGAUGGCUGGGAGCCCAGUGGCAAGAUCGGCUGGUUCCCGAAAGAUUAUGCUGAGACUCUGGGCGCCCCGGGAUCCCGCGGCUGGAACAAGACCAAAGCCCUGUUUGGUACCGCCAAAUACGACUAUGAGCCGCAGCAUGACGAUGAGCUGAAGGUUGCCGUUGGGGACCGCGUGAGGGUUGUGGAUGGCGACAAGGCCGAGAGCUGGUGGAAGGUGCGCAAGAUCGGCGACAAGAAGGAAGGAAUGCUGCCAGCCAUGUACAUCGACCUGGACGAGUAGUCACGAAGCCUUAGUAAUUCACAAUACAGCAUAUAUGGCAGUCAGCAGUGGUCACAUACAAGCCGCUCACUUGGAGAUGCAAUGUUCAACAUUUGAAACUAGAUCAUCAAGAACUCUACAUCCGCCUGAUAUAGGCAUCGGCCUCCGACUGAUUGGCUGGGUAUCUCUGGUGCAGCGGUCUCAAUCUGGCCUCCAGAACCGUCGAAUCCGAGUUGACCGCAGAUUCGUCAUCGCUGGGCUCCGGGAAUGCGAGCUGGUACGCUGACUUCUUGGUCGGCAUCGUAUCCAGCGACAGCACCUGAAGACCACUGUCACUAGAAGACUCUGUAUCAAUUUCCUGGCUUGGCUCGAUCCUGGCUUCCUUGUGCCGUGCCACCAGCGGAUAUUUCUUGGUCAGCUCCCUAUUGACUUCUUUGAUAACACGAACGACUGAAGGAUCGG